UACUACUAUGGUAUUGUUAAUGGCAUCGUGCUGGAGUUUCUUUUCCGUAGUUUCUCGCGAGUGUGAAUUAGUUUCCGCAAAAACUAGAGUUGUUGUAUUAGAAAGACAACAUCAACAGCUAUCAAAAUGCCGGCAGCUGCAGCGGGAUCCUCUUCAUCUGCCAGCGCAGGAGCUGCCGCGACCUCUAACGGAGCUAAGGCGACCAGCUCGACGAAGUUAGAAACGGCGAGCAACUCACGGACCCUGCGGAUCCAAUGCGGGGACAAACUUUUCGACUGGUUUGACGUGGAUGAGGAGCAGGAGAUCGUAUUUUUUUGUGUUUUGCUUGUGAACAAUGAUAUCCGUGCAUGACAAAACACUCAGAUGAUGCAAAUUUUGCAUUACAAUCUUAUCAACACCAAAAAAGCCAUGAAACAAAUCAACAGAUCUCCGCCCCCGACGUGCUGAAAAUCCUGAAGGAAAACGUAGCGCACUACUUCAAAGUCCCCGUGUAUCGCAAGAAAAAUCUGUUUCACUGUGAACUUGUGACGCAGAGAAUGGAGCACAGAACGAUUUGUCUUGCUGCUCCUGCAUAGAGCAUUGGAGUUUCAAGCGUGCUUGCCCCUAUGGGAAAUGCGCACAUGGCAAAUUUUCUGUGUCAUGUGUAUAGAAACUUGUAAUGCAGAUCUUGCAAGAUGAUCAUCACAUUGAAACAGUUUUUUCGUGGGAUACAGUGGAAAACCAGGUUCUUUUUGACGAAGAAGGUGUGAUUGCGACGAAAACGGACCUACGCAGAUCCUUCAAAAUGUCCGGGAAGCCCAGGGUUGUAGUUGGGGAGAAAGGGAAGUUAACGGCAGACCAGGGGAAGCUCUGGUCGGAAUUUCUCACGGACAUGGAACGACUGAUAGUCCCGCCACCCGCGCCCAUGAGCGGAUCUUUUGCAACGGCAGCAGUUUCGGGGGGAAGUAGUACAACUGGGGCACAGGGGGCAGCACAAACUACGGGAACGGCCGGUGGUGCUAGUACUGGUGCCGCUGCAGGGACGAACAUUAAGGAGCUGAGUACUGCAUGUUUUUUCUUUGUAUACCAGAGAAAAACAAGCCUGCAUUCGUGGUUGUGGUGAUGAGUAUUAGUUCUAAAUUCGCAUAGCAUCAAUAUCAAAAAAUUUUCCUCUUCCUGGUUCCAACCAGCCGAGCUGAUCACGAAGCAACUCGCACCCUUCGGCCGGUCUUCCUCCCACCGCAGUUCGCCAUUUGGAGGUGGUCCAGGCAGUUUUCAAGUGGACAUGAGCGGCCGGGCGAGGUCACUCACGCCGCAAGUCCGAGGCUCCGCCGGCUUUAUGACCGGGCAGUACUCUCGGGGGGUGAGUCCGCAGCCAGGUAUGGGGUUUUGUUGGAAUAAUCUACAACGGUAGGGGAAUUUUCGUACUGCUUUUCUUGAAAGGGAGGACUUGAGCUUGACAAGAAAAAAUGUACAUCCAAAAAAUAUGACUCAAGGUUCCCUCAGCAAUGCUUACAGCCUGAUUCAACCUGGUGUUGCUGGGUUGGUUUCGCCCAUGAUUACCAGUAACUCUUUGAGAAAUGGGCUGGCCGGGAGUAUGAACAAUCCGAGCAAUCCCGGAUCCGCUGUGAAGCAGCUGUCCGGGUCUGCAGCUGGAGGAGGACCUAGUACAGGGACUACGACCACGGGCGCAGGAGCUUUCCCCGGGUUGGUGAGCGGCAACGGUGUAAGUACAGCGACGGCACAACAUCAGACGGUACCGCAGCUAAGCAAUGGAACUGCGGUCAUGGGGGCGACCAGUGUAGUGCAGCCGGGUGCUGGUGCGACAACCGUUCCAGCAGGAACGACCACGAGCAGUACGACAUCCGGAGCUGCUGCUGCUGCUUCUACACACAGCAGGGUUCUCACCACCUCCUCCCUCACGGCCCCGCAGCCCACUUCCCACCACCAGCAACUAGCCUCUCCACAGGUUGGCCGGACCUCAAAUGUUACGCAACCUGGGUCAGGUGGACUACAAGCUCAGUUCCAAGUACAACAACAGUCUGGAACUACAAGCAGCAAUACCACCCCAGCUGUCGGUACAAACGGCGUAGCCCCUGGUGCGCCGGUUGUCACCAACACCAAAUUCGUCACGAACUCCUACAAUUUGCAACUGCAGAUGCAGCAACAUCAGAUGGCGCAGCAGCAGCAGCAGCAUAAUACGACGACAGGGGUACACGUACAAAGGACACAGAGUGGAGGUCAACAGCAGCAGAAUCUCCAGACCCAAUACCAACCACACCAAACGAUGAUCCCAACCGCUGCCCCUCAACCAGGCGGCCCAACAGCAACUUCCACUUUCUCCUCUGGCAUCCGCCGGGCCGCGACGACGGGGUCUACCACCCCGGUGCAACUGUUUGGCAACACAAAUAAUAGUUCGGGGCAACAGCAACAUCCAGUUGUAGCAACAACCACCACUACAACCAACAUGGGAGCUGGAGCUCCUGCACCCAUGAACCCGACCGCUGCUUCCUGCGCGGCGCAGCAAUUGGCGUAUCAAUUUCGGUCCAGCAUGGGGAGCAACGCGGCGGGGAUGAACGGUGCCAGCGCGUUCGGGGGUGGUGGUCCUGUUGCCAGUAUGAAUUCCCCGUUUGUGUUCUACCCCCAGAUCGGUUCUACCCCCAGCGCGGGCGGAAGUGCGGCGGCGCCGGUUGGAACAUCAACUGGUGGGAACAACAGCGGGAGUGGAACGUCGAUAGGAGCGCAGCACAUGACUAUACCGCAGACGAGUUUCAGCAUUCACUCUCUGAGCAACAGCACUGCGACAAACGCAGGGGGAAGUGCAGUUGUAACGGGAGCAGCAGGAGCUGGAGCAGCAGCGCCCAUGAUUCCGAAAACCUCGUUCUCCACCGGAUCAAAUUCGGCUCUGGCGAGUCUCCUGAACCCUUCUGGAACAAGCAACUUUGGUGGAUCUAGUACUGCCAUGGGUAGUUGUAAUACUAAAAACGCCUCGGCGGCGUACAACAUUCAGCCUGUGGUCAGUGGGAGUACUAGUGGGACUAGUACUUCAUCGCAAAUUCUGCUGAGCAACCAAAUGAGUGCAGCAGGAGCAGGUGGCGCGGCAGUGGGGGAACAUCAAGUAAUUGUAGAGCAGCCCGGAAGUGCUGCAGCAAGUGCGUCAGCGGAGAAAGCAGAGGAGAAAGUACAAGAAGAGCAACCGAUGAUUGCAGUCCGGGUGCGCAAUGUAUAAGGAUUGACCACUUGAUGUAGUUGCGUCGCGUUUUCUUUCUUAACAUGGAAAGAAGAUUAGUUGGGGCGUGAUAAGAAAAUUUUAUGCACUUGUCCUAUGGUAUUGGUAUGUGCCUAUGUGAUUUAGAAUUUAACACGACUCCGAUUCUUCCAGGUAUCUGACCAAGACGAAGUGAUGCAGCAGGAAACGCCGAACUUAGUCGAAGAGGUGGAAAACCAAGACCAAAGAGCGCAACAGCAAGCAGGCGAACAAGAACAGGCGGGCCAAAAUCAUCUUGGUGAAAGAACGGCCGAUGUUUCAUCAGAAGCGGUGCAACAACUGGAGCAAGACGAGGCGGAACAGCCUGUUGAUGUGUUUGAGAACCGGAAAAGGAUUCUAUUGCAGUUGGAAAAGGGAGACGUGGCGGAUAGAUUUGGUUUCUCGUCCGUUCCAUAUGCGCACGGAGGGUUGGAAAUCACCCGGGUGGAUCGAGGUAGAAAUUUGUGUUGCAGAACUUUUAUUUGCACGAAGAGUUCUUCUUUUUUGUAAUAGUUCUAGUUGGAAAUGAUGAAACCACCAUCGGGAUUUUUUGAACCACAGGUGGCCUUCUAGCCCAGUGGAAUACCGUGCGGAGGCAAGGGGGACCAUCAGCCAUGGUGGGAUAUCAACAGAGUUGAAAGUUCUUCGUUCACUUACAUGUACACGACAGAAUCUUUAGCUUAGCCAGCAUGACAUAAUUGUUUCUAGAUUGAACAUUACUUGGAUCUUCAUGCAAUUCCGCAUGAGCAAACACGUCUCGUUUGCAUACCGUAUGAGGAACGAAACUUCUCAACCCCAUAGCCUGGUCGGGGACGUGAUCUUCACGGUGAAUUCGGUGGGGCCGGACGACGAUGAGAAGAUGCGGAAUGAAUUGGAGACGAGAAUGAUUUCGCUAUUGGUGGUAAAGAUGAGGACAUGAACAUGGUGGUUUCAUCAUGAUUGUGGGCGGUGAGCAUGAUGACGCUCGCGGAGCAAAGGAGGCAAAGGAAGAAAGGAGUUCACUUUGUGCUAGUACCGCAAAAAAGAAGAGAAACAAGAGAAUGAAUCAUCUGCGGUACGUGCGGUUACAGUCCCCGGAUGUGAAGAAACUUUUACGAAGAAUUGAGUGUGGUUUUGCUGAAAGUCUGUGGCAGAAGAGCGCAUGAUGUUGCGUGCUACUGAAACAGCAUGAGAACUACGAGAAAGGGAAAGCAGCUAUGUUUUGAUUUUAAGCAUCUGGCGGACGCCGAUACUUGUUUUGUGGCGCUGAUGAAGUAUAAUAGAGCCCCACUAAAUAGGCCGAUUGCCG